UCAAGUUUUCCCAGGGAGAGAGAAUGGAUGUGUCCUCCGCUUUUGAAUUUGCUCUGCUGCGAAAAAACUUAGGGUUUUGGACUUAUCAGAACAUGGACAUAUAUCACCAUCACUCCAUAUACAGAACAUGAAAUCAUUGCUCUAUCACUAUAUAUACAGUUUUCUCUCUCUAGAAAUCGAGUGGACCUAGGGUUUCGUUUGAUCGCCUUUGUGGUUCGUAGAGAGAGACGCGUACUCAGAGGGAGGAAAAGCAGGGCCUCCUGGGACGCGUCUGUGUUUUUUUUUAGAUAUUCCUCUCUAGACUUUGUGGGGAAUUAUCGAUUGAAAAGAGAUGUUUUGGUUGCGUCUGGUUCUUUUUUAGAUAUUUCUCUCUAGACUUUGUGGGAAAUUAUUGAUUGAAACGAGAUGUUUUGGUUAAUUAUGGUGAUAGAUGAGGGGAUUUUCCCUUUGGCUCACCUCAGGAGCUUUUCUGCUCGUCCUGAGAAACUCUUGAUGCAAGAGAGAUAUAGCAGGUAAUUCUGGUUUCUUUACGGGAGGGAAAGGUGAUUAUUCUUUUAUUUGUGGAAAGAGAGCUGGUUUUUUAUUAUAGGAAUUGAUUAACUUUAAGUACUUGGUGGUAGUUCGUUCUCCCUACUCAGAUUCUUUGAGCUUUUUGCUUGAACGGCAAGGAUUAUUGGGAGCUUGAGCUUGGGAAUUAACACUUUUGACUAGAAAAUUGUGGCUUUUCUAUCUGUUUUUCCUCUCUCCUACGAGUGUUCAACCAUGAGUGCAAGUCUGAACUUAUUCAUCCUGAAUUCUAUUCUAACCUGUUUUAAGUUGAAUUUUCAUGGAGUUACGUGUUCCUAACUUUUUAUCUCUUAGGUGGAAAGAUGAAAAAAACAUUGUAUUCAUUCUUUUAAGCAGUAAAUACUGAGAAGAUUAGAAGGAGAACAAUUUGUGGACUAUGCGAGUGAGUGGGGUUCUCUUUGAACCAUCCAUCUUCAGUUUUGGAAAUUUUGUUUCUUGAGCUAUAAUGGCUCCACAGUACAGUAAUUCACAGAUGGAAUCUGAUGUGAUUGAGCAGUUGAUCACCAGGUUUCUCACGAAGAGCCUGCAUAUUAUUUUAGAGGCGAGGUGCCCCUAUGGCUCUUCUCGAGGCCACAGUGGUGACCAUAUUGGGUCCUCUCCAUCAUCUUUGAGCUCUUCUUCUAGUAUGAGAAGAGAUAAAUGGUUUCUUUUAGCUCUAAAAGAAUGCCCUGCUGCUCUUGAGAGUUUGGAACUAAGGCCCCAAAGCUCUCUUGAGCCUAUGGUGGUGGAUGUGAUACUUUUGCAGAGGACCAAUGUAGAGAGAGAAAAUUCCCCUGAAUUUAUUCCCCCAACAUCAAAAGAAUGUUUAUUGAGAAAUUUUUCAUUGAAUGAAUGCCGUGUCAGUUGUUGGAAUUCAGGAGAUGAAUAUAGCCCUUCAUCUGAAACCGUUGUUGAAACAGUUAUUGAGAGAUGGGUGGUGCAAUAUGAUUGUCGGAAGACGAAUUCUAGGGAUGCCCAUACAGGGAGAGUGAGUUUGGGUGGUGGGCAAUCAAGAAAAGAAAGUGGGAAAAGGGGUAACAGUAAAUCUCGAGCUUCUAAAGGAGGGGGAGGCAUAGAGAUAGAAACUGGGUCUUCUUGUGCCUCUCAAACCAGAUUUAAUUCCCAUGAAUCCCAAUUGGCAUAUAAGAAACUUUACAAACGAUCGACCAUUUUGUUGCGUUCCUUGUAUUCAUUUGUUAGGCUCUUGCCUGCUUAUAGGCUUUUCCGGUUACUUACUGCUUCAAGCCAGAUUUACUCUUCUGUGCUCACUUACAAGGUCUUCUCCUUUGUCGAGCCUCUUUCUCGCCUAGCAGAGGCAGAGAUGAUGCAUUAUACAUUUGCUCCCAUAGAAACUACUUGUGGUAGGCUUUGUGUAUCUGUGUCUUAUCGACCUACAUUGGUGGAUUUGAACUUGGAAGCCUCUACCCCAUUGUCCCCAAAAUUUAUACCCGACUAUGUUGGGAGCCCAACUACUGAACCAGUAAAGAAGCUAUCAUCUGGGUCUCUCACUCCUUCCAAGAACACAGGGGUUUGUGGUGUUUCUUGUCCAUCAGGUGUGCCAUUUGCUAGGCGACAUAGUUGGGGUAAUGACCUUUAUAGAGCUGCUCCUUCAGGAUACUCUAAUUCAUCACCCUCUUAUCCCAAUUAUCCAUCUCCUUCUCCCUCACCCACCUAUUCCGAUUCUCGAGCCUCACUUUCUAAUCUCUCUCGCCACCGUCUCCCUCCUCGUGGCCCUCUACCCAUGGAACAUUCUCCAACUUUUAGCUCACCUAUCAAUCCUUCAAGCACCCCAGGUUCAGGAAAAAAUUUGGAUCACCGGAAAACUACAAGUUUUGAUGAGUAUUGGCCAUCCCCUCCUUUUUCGCCAUCAUCUACCCCUUCUCCCCCAACACAUUUGUCCGGUAAUAAUCUUUCAAGGGCCAUUUCGCGUGCAGAAAGCGCUCCUGUUAUUAUCUCGUUUGACAUGCAUGGCAGGAGAUUGUUUACGCCCAACUGUUGUGAUUGGAACAAUAAUUAUCUGCCUCCCCUUUCUCCGAAAAAUAGGAAACCUGACUGUACCUCUCAGCCUGAUCAUUUGGGAUCACACAUUCGUCAGUUUUCAACAUCUCAGAGGUCUCCAUCUGAGAAAAAGUUUCAUAAGAAGCCUGAUACACCAAAAACGGGAGAGUUCCAAAGUGGAAUGGGGGCCAUACGCACUUCUUUGAAUCAGAAGGCUUUCUCAAGUGGCACUGAGGAUUUUCUAAGUGGCCCCGCAAUGAAGAUUUCAUCAAUUAGUUCGCCGCGAGCGUCAGUUUCUAGGAGUUCUAGUAGGUCUUUGCAAGAUGACAUUGAUGAUUCUGAUUUCUCUUGUCCCUUUGCAGUAGAUGAUGAUGACAUCACAGAUUCACACAACAGGUGCUUGUCAUUUGAUCGAAAGACAAAUCUUGGCAAGGCUGUGGAAUCCAGACAGAUGAUGUCUGCCAAAAAGUCCCAAGAUGCCGCAGUUGGUGCCCUUGUGCACAUGCUGAGGAGUGCACCUCCUUUACGUCAAGAUUCCCUCAACUCAUCUAAAUUAUCUCAAGUUUCCAAUGUCGAAACCCAGGGUCAAAAAUCUCAACUUCAUGACCCCAUACAUUUUCGAGAAGAGAACCCUAAGACAGAGAGUUCACUCUUGGGCAUUUCAAGUUCAGGUUUCCUCGCUCCUAUGACUGCCGCUGUUGCUUUUGAGGAGCUCAAGAAUUACAAAGAAAUGAAGGACUUCUUACUUAAACGAAAUAAAGCUGGAGAUUGACCAUCUAAGAGUUUUGAAGUUGCUGUUUCUCAAUGUACAUAAUGUACAGACUUUUGUGUGCUGGUGAUCACCAAGUCCCUACUCAGAACAGACCUCAUCUACUCAGUGGGUGCUAGACGAGGUUUUAGGAUGCUCUUAAGACCCAUCAUCCUCUUGCUCGCCUUUUGAUCAAAAACCCAAAACCGUUGAAUUCAAGGUCCUGAAAUCCAGGUGGAUCAGUUGCUUUUGUUACAAACAAGUAUAUAAGUUUCUCUUUCACUAUAUAUAGGUACAUAAUAGAACCGGCUUUAAUCCAACUGUGCAUAGUGCAAUCUAGACCAUUACCGUGCCAUGACCAUUGUAAGGAUCUUUAUUAGCUGGGUGUAAAUAUUUUGUAUAAAAGAAAGUAUUAAAGUUAUAGU